CUUUUCUUUUAUUUUUUUAAAAAGUUUGAUGGGUUUACCAAAACCGAUAAAAACGACCGAUCGACCGUGUCCUCGGGCGGCACUCCAAAACCGACUGAUAAAACUCGAGUCAUCGGUUGUCAGCGACGGUUUUUUUUUUCUCAAAUUAACCCGGUCCUACCGAUGAUCACCACUCUCGUAGUGUAGUGUCAUGAUGAGAUCCAUGGGUCAGAGGAGGCAGUGAUUAUAAGGACAGAGAAAGAUAUCUUGUUUUUAAUAACAAUGGUAGCGCAGAAGAAAAAAGCUGGCAUACCCUCCAAUUGUCACAAUCAAGCCCUCUCAUAGGCCCAUCCAAAAAUUUCUACUUUCCCAUCAUUCACCAUCACAUUUCCCAUAAAAACUUUUUUCCCACUCUGUAAUCCCUCCAUUUUCUUUUCCUAGAAAUUUCAAGUUCCCAGCCCACACUCUUCUCUCUUGAAAGUUGCAAUUUUCUUUAAUCACUUUCCCAUUUGGUCUAUCUGUAAAGUGAAGGAAAGAUGGGUUAGGGGUUGUAGGAUUCGUUUUUCGCAUGUGGGUUUGAUUGGAAUUUUGAUUUGGAGGUCUUGAUGGUGAAUGAGAAGAUUGAAUGGCGGAGCCCUUUUGGAGAGGCUACAGAAACAGAGAUCAUAACAAUGGUGGUUGUAGUUGUAGAGGGUGUUACAGAAAAGUGAAGAGGAAUUGGAAUAGGAAUCAACUGUUAAUCAAAGCUGGAGGAAGGGUAUCUCAAGGGAUUGAGCCUGGAUCCUCAGUCGAAUCAUCGUCAUCGUCAUCUUCAACGGCGGUAUCGGAGUCAGGUUAUAAACUUCACUAACACAGAGGAACAAGAAGAUGAACGAAACCUUCAGUACGUAUAUGAAACCAAGAAGCGUCCUUGUUUUCCUCCGGUGUCGGAUUCAUCUCUCGCUGGGUGGAGCUUCCAAGAUGAAGGGAAAAUGGGGUUGUUCAGCAAUCAAUGGCCGGCGAAAUCAUCAAAAUCGGGAAUAAGAAGUAGUGGCGGUGGAGGUGGGAGUGAAAUCGUGGAGGUUCAAGGAGGUCGCAUUGUUCGUUCGAUUGGAAGAAAAGACCGUCACAGCAAAGUUUGCACGGCGAAAGGCCCGAGGGAUCGUCGUGUUAGACUCUCUGCCCACACCGCCAUCGAGUUCUACGACGUGCAGGACCGCCUUGGCUACGACCGGCCGAGCAAGGCCGUCGACUGGCUCAUCAAGAAGGCCAAACCUGCCAUAGACAAGCUUCGAGAGCUUCCCGGAUGGAAUCCAAAUGUUUUGGAUACGAGCACCGACAAAUCGACAACGCAGGCAGAGAAGAACAGCGAAAAUAAAAUUCCAGUUGCUAUUAACUCACUGGAGGGGAGUACCACUAGAAUUAGUAAUCGGAAAGGGAAUUUGGUGGCCGGCGACGGCGGAAUUUCCGAAUGUACUAUGCAGAAUUUGCAGAAUGCUUCCACAGAGGAUAACCCUAAUAGCGACAACUCCAGCUUUCUUCCACCAUCUUUCGAUUCGGAUUCAAUCGUUGAUACCUUCAAAUCGUUUUUACCGAUAACUACGACGACAGCGACAGAGACACCGUCGUCGAUUUUCGAGUUCGAUGCGUUCCCACCGGAUUUGCUCUCCAGAACCAAUAGCCGAACGCAAGAUCUAGGACUCUCCUUGCAGUCUCUUCAAGGCCCAACAUUGAAGCUCGAAUCCGAACGAACUCAGCAUCCAGUUGCUCAAAAUCAUCAAAACGAUCAUCUCUAUUUCUCUGGAUCAACACCAUUAGGCUGCUUCGAUGGAUGGUCGGAUCAGCAACCCCCACCGGCCGUGGAAAUCAGCCAAUUCCAGAGGAUAUUGCAUUGGAACACAGGGAGUGCAGAUCAUAGUGGAGGCGGAGAUGGCGGAGCUGGAGGUGUGAAUGGAGAAUUAUUCGUAUACAACUCGCAGCCAACGACCUCGAGUUUUUCGCCUCUAUCGCCACCGUUGCCAAUUCUGCAACCUCUGUUCGGAGAAAACCAGUUGGUUUCUCAGAGGGGACCCCUUCAGUCCAGUUACACGCCCUCGAUUCGCGCUUGGAUAGACCCAUCAAUCACCUUCGUCGAUAAUCAACCGCAACUAAUUCCACUGUCGAUCUACCAAUCUUCUUUUCCGGGUCUUGGACUCGCCUCCGGCGGAUUCUCCAGGUUUCUAAUUCCAGCGCGUAUCCCGGGUGAAGAGGAACAUGAUGGUAUUUCUGAAAAACCAUCCUCUGCUUCCUCCAAUUCCCGCCAUUGAAUCUGCUAAAACAACUGCUAAAAUCUUUCUCCUUAUUCUGACUUGUUCAUUGUUAACCAAUAAAGUCAGUGAAGCUACUUCCCCAUUGCUGGCUUGUUUGCAGGGAUCAGAAUUUGGGUUACUUUCUCAAUGGCUUAUAUUGUGGGAAGAAGAAAAAUCCUGAAACUAUCUCAUCAGGUUUCUUCAUUCCUGAGUUAUCUCUCUUUCUGUUUAUGCUUUGGCUUUUCUUUUUCUUGUUUGAAAGCUUGCCUAUCUGUCUCCAUUUCAGAGCUUUCUAUGUGAUUGAGCAGUAUCUGUUUGGUCUAAUGUUGUCUUUAUUUCAAUUGUCUAUUUUAAUGGCCUCUUCUAAUCUUGUACAACAUUCUAGUCUUCCUUCUGUGAACCUUUUUUCCUUCUGUUUCAUUGUAAUAAUGGAAAUCCACUGUCUUUUCAUUGAUUUCAGCUA